CCCAAGACGCGACGCGACGCGACGCCGUGGCCUCGCCGGCGGCGUCAGCUCGUCGGUGUCGCCGCCGCUUGCUGUUGGCCGGCAAUGGCGCGGAGGCGCCCCAAGAGCACGCGCGUACGGGCUUCCUCACCGCGGGUGGUGCCUGGCUCGUCCCAUCCGUCGCACCUCCCCCCUGGUGUUCACAGUUCUCACCGCUGCCACAGUUCUCGCCGUCGCCGGCAGGCACACCAAAGGCCGUAGCGCGGGCACGGCGGCCGGCCACCGUGCAGGUCGCGAUACAGUUUCCCAUCCGAUUGGGGAUGGGGUGCUGUGUGUGUAAUUUAGUUGAUUUCAUAUGUGAAUCGACCAAAUGACAUCACCACUGGAGUGCGGAUUUUGUGCCGGAUUCCUGCGUUUCAGUGCCAUAUGGGAGCACGAGCAUGAGCAUGGGACUCCGGAUGUGCAUCCGAGAAAUUGCACACAAGACACAGAUGCAUAUGCAGUGUUGAUUACUGCUUCUGCUUGCGUGUUCAGGUGGUUGGUAGAUCAGACAACACUACUUCGAAUAUGGUUUUUCAUCCUUUCUAGGGCUGCAAUAUUGUAGUACUAAUUGUCUUGCAAAGCAUUGUGUAUGUAUGCAAUCAGCGAUUGUACCACCUUUCUUGCUUUUUGUUUUUUCUUAAAAAUGGUUAUGCUUUACAUGGACAGACAGUGAGUUGCUUGGCUCCUUUGCCUCUCGGGGUUGCGGAGGCAUUUAUGAAUUGGGCACAAUAUUACUUAUUCAGGGGAAGGGGGGAACAAACGAUUCAUACAAAUCCUCUUUUGACAGUAUGGGAUUUCUCGCUCAAAUCUAGAAGAACAAGAACAACAAGGAGAAAAAUAGAAUAUGGAUAUUUAUGUUCUUUUAUCUGCAACUUCCUGGCAUUUUUCAUGUGUAUUUUGAAGCCUGAACAAGUGUGCUUCACACUUCACAAAUAGAUCAGGUGAGUACACAAAGUGCGUAGAACUAGCUGCUGUUCUCUGCAAUUUGACCAUUGGAGUUUCACUCUAGUAGUAUGUAUACUAGGUAAGCUUAUGCUAAUGGUGCAAUAAUGAACAUUCUGUAUAUAAAAAACUUACAACCUUGUCAUGGUCCCAAAUUAUCUUCUGUUCCAAGAUCUUAUAUUGCUCAAUUUUCCCUAUGAUCUUAACUCAAGUCAGCAAGAAAUACAUUAAGCAUGAGCUGGGGUGCUGCUGUCAUGGAGCUUGUGACUGGAGCCAAUGCAUGGAGUGAAAACUUUACCUGUGUUACUUUAGUUGUUUCAUCUGCAUUCUCUGAUGGAUAAGGUCAGUUGGGAAUUCUUCAAACUUCAAGCGUUUGGUUCUAGGAGUUCUAACAACAACCUAGAAAUGGAGGAAAGAGGUAAAACUUUGUUCACAAACUGAAGGGUUCUCCUUUUGCUGCCAAAACUAUUGGGCAUUUGAUGAGAAGGAAUCUAGACACUACGCAUUGGAGCAAUAUAUUGAAUAGUGGACUGUGGAAGUGGGAUAUAAUGGAAAUAUUUACAAGAUGACUAACGCAGGAGAAAAAGAAAGCAUCCAAAGAAAAUUGAACCCAUUGUAGCCAAUCAAGAACAGAGAUCGUAAGAGAUUCUUUCAUCCCUUGGUGAGGUAUUAUCUCUUGGUGGACUUAUUGUAUGUUCAGAUAAUGCUGAUCUUGGUAAAUUGGUCCUUGGUUACUCCGAUUUGUUGGAUAUUAGAUUUAUCUUCUACGGGAUCUUGUUCUAAUUAUCAUCUUAUUAGAAUCCAUCCAUGUUAGCAGUAUUACUUUGCAAGAUUAAAGAGCUCUUUAUAUUUUUCUGAAUGUGAUGGUACAUCAUAUGUUGCUUCUUGAUGUUACUAAUUUAUUUGGAGGCUUCAUGGUUGACCUAUUGGAUCAAUUUUGUCGUGGUGUUAGUACAAUGGUAUCAAUAUUAUUCUGUUGUUCGAUCCAAUUGGCUCAAAACAAUGAGCUGGUAUGAACCCACAGUUUUAGACUGCAAUAUCAGAAGGUACAUCAGCCAUGAUUGAGAUGGAAUAUGACUCCACAGUAUUUUAUUCUUUGGCCAUCGUGUAGUUAUUGGUGGUACAAUGAUUUACAAUGGUAUCUAUGUGUUGUUUUUGUGUGUGUGUGUGUUUGUUGUUUAUUUUCAGAAGGAGCCUUUAUUGCUGUUUUUUUUCUCUCUUCCUUGCUCCUUAUUCACCUGUAAGAAUUGGGAGCGGCAGAUUGAAGGCAAAGCGCAAGUGCUUUGCUUUUUCUUGGAGUGUUUCUCAGGUAAUUGGAGGUUAUAUUCAUCAUUUUACCAGUUGAGCCUGUAAUCCGUAAAACCAACACUGUUAUUGUGUUUGUUUGUUUUUGUUUUUGUUUUUGUUUUUUUUUUUGCGGGGGGCUGUUAUUGUGUGUUACCAUAUGUUUUACUGAACAAAUGUUUGCUUCUAACAUCAAAUGGCUACAAUUCUGUCAGCAUCUAUGGGUUCAGGUUAAUUAUAAGCUGCCAUCUAUCCCUAUUGGUGAUCUGUAUUAUGUACUGUCUUUCGCCCUCUAAAAGUGUUUUCUUGAAACAAUUUGCUGAUGUUGCGAUUGAGACUCUAUGCAACUACAAGUUGUUCCUGUUUUUUUCUGGAUCUGGCUGAGUUUGAAUAUUGAAUUGCGUGGAAUGUGUUUCAUUGAAAUGUAAUUCAGCAAAACUUUCAAGAGCAUUAUGUUAUUACUUAGAACACAUAUAUAAAAUUUUUAUUCACCAAUUAUUUUUCGUUUACAAAUACGCCGUUUCGCUUAUUCCCCGAAUAAGUGAAUCGAUGGGGCUGGUAGUCUCUGUGGUUUGCACUCCAUAUGUCUCCGUGACAUUUUUCUCUUCCUUUUGCUUUUGUGAAGACAUAAUAAAAAAUUUUCUUGCUCUUGCAGGAAUAUGUGUGAGUUAAGCUUUCAGUGAGGGUGCACCCAACAUUUUAAGGAAUUUUUUUUAUAACUUCUACCAUUCCACAUUCCCAGUUUUAUCCCUGUUCUUCACACCAGUCUAUGCAAAUGAGAUUCACUAAAAUGAGCUGGGGAGCUGCUGCCCGAGGGAUCCAGACAGCCACAGGGUUUGUUACAAGCGUCAAUACAUGGGCUGAAUUCUUCAAUUGUCUGAGCUCAGCCAUUUCAUCUGCAUGCUCUUGGAUCAACAUUCAUCAGAAACCACAGAACGAUUUUGUAAAGGAAGAAAUCCAGCAUCUGCAAAGCGAUUUAUGGCAGCUACAGACAACUCUGCCAAAAAUGCGCAACCUUGUUGAGAUACUUGAGUGGCAAAUCUAUAAAAAACCAGCUGCAGAACUCCUCCCACAUAUCAAGGAUGCAUUGCUAGAUGCUGAAGACAUCAUUGAUGAAUUUAAUUACUAUGAGCUCAAGGCAAAGAUAGAGGGGAGAAUAGAGGAAUGCCUAACAUCGUCUGGAUGCCAGGAAUUCUAUAUGAGUGUCAUUCGAGGAAGCUUUAACAGAGUGAAAGAAAUCCAAGAGAAGCUAGACCAUCUACAUCGUCAGUCUAUGGACUUGGGCUUGCAUUGUGCAGCACAAAGAUUUGACAAAAUUGUUAGGCCAGAAACAAGUUCUUUUCUUAACAGUCAGAUUUUUGGACGGCAAGAAGAAGAGAAAAUGGUGUUGGAGUUGUUAGGAGUACAAUUACAAGCUAAUGCUGGCUACAAACGCAAGCGAAGCAGUAGAGUGGAGGUCUUGCCAAUUGUUGGACUGGGAGGUGUAGGAAAGACUACUUUGGCCCAACAAAUUUGCAAGAAUCAAAUGGUGAAAGCUCACUUUGAUAUGAUCCUUUGGGCAUGUGUAUCAGAUGACUUUAACGCAAAGAGGUUAACUAAAGAGGUAAUCCAAUCUUCCAAGAAAGAAACAUCAUUUGACAAUUUGGAUUCUCUUCAGUCUAUUUUAAAAGAUACUGUUGAGUUAAAAAGGUUUUUACUUGUACUAGAUGACAUUUGGGAUGAUGUCAUGGCAGAUGGUGGGCAAGAUUGGCAAAGGUUUUGUGCACCGUUGUCAAAUGCUCUUCAAGGAAGCAUGAUUUUGAUCACCACCCGGUCACAGAAAGUUGCUGAUAAGGUGCGGACAAUGGAUUGUUUUCCAUUAGAAGGUCUAACUGAAGAUGUUUUCUGGGAAUUUUUCAUUGUACAAGCAUUUGGAACUGAGAGUUUAUCCAAAUACCCAGAUCUGGAGGACAUUGGUAGAAGCAUAAUUCUGAAAUUGAAGGGUUCUCCGUUGGCUGCCAAAACUAUUGGGCGUCUUUUGAGGACUAAUUUGCAUGCUUCACACUGAAAUAACAUAUUGCAGAGUGAACUAUGGAAGUUGGAGCAGGACAGGACAGAUAUUCUACCUGCCCUGCGUUUGAGUUAUAUGUAUUUACCACCCCAUCUAAAGAGGUGUUUCUCAUUUUGUGCUGUGUACCCCAAAGACUACAGGUUUGAAAAGGAUACCCUAGUCGACAUAUGGCUGGCAGAAGGUUUCGUUGAACAUGCAAGUAGCUUUCCAACUGUAACUGUUGUGCAGCAAUAUUUUGAAGAGCUUCUAAGCCGAUCCUUCUUUCAGAAAGUGACGCACGGCAAAUAUGUGAUACAUGACUUGAUGCAUGAUAUGGCACAGCUAGUUUCGCAAGAUGAAUGCUUCAUCAUAAGGAAUGCAAAUGACCUUCGAACAAUCCCUUCCAAUGUUCGCCAUCUAUCAAUUUUCACAAAAAGAUAUAUUGGAUGCCAUGAUUUAAUGGGACUAUGCAGGUAUAAGAAACUGCGCACCCUUUUGUGCAGUAAAGCUUUUAUCAAAGGUGAGUUUGCUUCUGUACUUGGCAGCUGGUUUAAGGAGCUUCAACACAUCCGUGUGUUGAGUUGUUCUCUUCCCAUGAUAGAAGAUAUACCUGAGGGCAUCAGCAACUUAAAGCUUGUCGGCUACAUUUACUUCUCAAGCCAACGUACUUUCAGCAUCCUUCCUUCGUCAUUUUGUUGUCUAUAUAACCUGAAACUCUAGAUGCUUCAACAUGUGUUUUCAGAAGCCUGCCUUGUGACUUUGGAAACCUGAUCAGCCUAAGGAAAUUUAGAGCGAAAAAUUUCAGUUAUCUCCCAGGAGAGGAUUCACGCAUGCAGUUUCUAAGAGGAGAGAGAAUCAAAGUGUUGAAAUAUGUAAAUCAGGUACAGGGAAGUUUGCUUGUCAAUUUGCCUGGUCUCAAAAGUAAAAAGAAUAUUGGCCUUACUGUGUUGAAAAAGGAGAAUAAUCUCUACUCUCUCCAUAUAUCUCAAUUUGCAGAGGAUGCUAGAUAUGAACAGGAACAAUUGGAAGUCUGUGAAAACCUACAUCCUCAUCCGGAUCUUCAACAUUUGGAGGUCACUGGUUACCAAGGAGAGAAUUUUUGUCCUAGCUGGUUCCUGCCUGACAACUUACCAAACAUGAUAUCGCUUAUAUUUGAGGAGUGCCAUAAUGCUAAGAAGAUAUCAUUGCAUAGAUUACCAUGCACAGGAUUCCAGUAUUUGAUUAACCUGUACAUCAUCGAAUGCACAAAUUUAUCAAGCAUCGAACAAUUUCUGCAACCAUGUCAUAUACCGGCUAUCAAAAUGAUAAGCAUAAAGGGAUGCCAGGAGUUAUCGUUGAUAUCAGCUGAAAGAUUUGGAGGUUUUCGUUUCUUAGAAGCUUUGGUGAUCCGUGAUUGUCCAAGAAUCAGUUGGGAAAAUGGGCUGGCAUUGCCGCCCACUCUCACAAGCCUUUCGUUGGUGAGGUGUGGGGAUAUUUCUAAGUGGAUACCUGACUGUCUACUGAACCUAUCCUCCCUUGUCCGCCUGCAGUUGGUUGGGCUUUCAGGGACAAUGUUUAUUCCUGGGAGUAUCUGGAGGAAUAAUCUUCCAUUGCUAGAUUACUUGGAGAUCUGUAAUUUCCAAGAGCUUCGUUUUACUGGUGUACCAGAAGCAAUUGAAGAAAUAAACAAUGUGCUUAUUGACAAGUGCCCAAUGCUGAAAGAACUAAAGCAGCCUUUCUCCAGAGGUGAUGUUACCUUCUUGUGGGGGAUUCCGACUAGUAAAUGGUACUUGUCUUAACUGAUUCCUUUCAUCGAAUUACCGUGUGUUAUACUAAAGAUUGGGGUUUGCUAACUUUAAGUCAUGUAAAAAGUUGCUAAUUUUUCAUCACCUAAAAUUACAGAUUUCUAACCCUAAAACUGGCAGUGCUAUGUAAAUUGUAAUGUAUAAAUUUAGUUACAUUUUUCUGCAAUUUUGUGUAUGCAUAUGAUUUACCUUAUCUUUGACUCUAUCUAAGUUUAUCAAUUUAAAGUUUAUUUUA